AUGUUACAUCAGCUCCAGGUGGUGCGAAUAAGAAAGGGGACCAUUGGGAAAAUCGAGGGAACCAUGAGAGUGAAGAAAUCAAAAUUGAUCAGACAGGCAGCUAACACAAACGCGACAUCAAAAAAGGGCGGGGUAGAUGUUAACGUUGGGACUCGAGGUCUUAAGUUUCCAGAUGAGUCGGUUGCAAAAAACCCCCUUCAAGUUGGUCUUGCCGCCAAGCAGCAUACGGAGCAGCAGGAUCUGCUCAAUGUAAUGGGUGAAGGAGUCAUUCCGAGCAUUGAGUCGGUAUUUUCUGAAACAUCAUGGGAAGAUUUCGGCUCGGAAUCCAAUUUGCAUCCGCAUCUGAUUUCACUUAUCAAGAAGAAUUUUCACUUUGAGCGCUUGACAUCCAUUCAGGCCUCUGCAAUUAAGCAUUUGCUUAACGGUCGUGAUGCCUUGAUAAAAGCUCAAACUGGUUCGGGCAAGACGGUAGCAUAUGCUCUUCCACUGAUUCACAAUUUGAUGGAAACUAAACCACCGCUAUCCCGAUGUGACGGACCAAGGGCAUUAAUUAUUCUGCCUACUCGAGAAUUGGCUGCUCAAACCGGGUUGGUGAUGGGUCAGCUAUGCAGAGCAUGCAUCCGAAUUGUUCCAGGCUGUCUCAUUGGAGGAGCUAAACGUAAGGGCGAAAAAGCUAGAAAGGGACUAAACAUUAUUGUAAGCACCCCACGGCGUCUCCUGGAUCACUUGGGAAAGACGGCUGCGCUCAGCUUGAAGGGACUCAGGUGGUUGGUGAUUGACGAAGCUGAUCGAUUGGUUGAACUUGGAUUUGAACGUGAUGUGAGGCGAAUCAUUGAGCGAGUUACUCGCGACGUUGGUUGUGAACAUCCGAUUCGAACAGUACUUCUUUCAGCUACCCUCACUCCGGGAGUUGAGACACUGGCUGGGUUGGCAUUAAAAAAUCCCGUAAAAUGCGAGGCGGCAGAUGUCAUAAACAGAGACUCAAAGAAAAGAACUGAAGAGGACAGGCCUCUUGCACCGUUUUCUAUGCCUUCUGGUCUGAGGCACUUCUUGUUGGUGGUGCCAUGCAAGCAGCGCCUCGUCGCCCUUGCUUCUUUUCUCUUACUAAAGGCGAAGUACAACAAACGGUUAGGAAAGUUAAUUGUAUUCUUCGCCACGCAAGAUUGCGUGGAUUUUCAUUAUCGUCUCUUUUCUGAAACCAUUUGCAAGGAUUCAGAUGAGGUUAGUGGCGUGGAAUUCAAAGCUGGUGAUCUUCAUCUCUAUCGCCUUCAUGGCAAUAUGGAUCAUAGGGAGCGUCAGAUGGUGUUUCAAGAGUUCUCCAGUUGCCCCAACGGUAUUCUCCUCACCACAGACGUGGCCAGUCGCGGCCUCGAUUUAGCAGGGGUGGCGUGGGUAGUGCAGUACCACGUCUCCGGGAGCCCAAUUGACUACGUGCAUCGCGUUGGACGCACUGCUCGUGCGGGCGGUCGUGGCAAGGCGCUCCUUCUACUCCAACCUGAAGAGGAGUCCUACACUCACAUGCUUUCCUCCACUGUCGGUCUCCAGCUGCAGAGACUGAAUCUCGUUGAUGUUCUGCAAACUGCACUGUACCACCUCAGGCACACUAAGAGUCGCCGAGGCGUGAACACACUGGAGGAGGCGGUAGCAAGUAUGGGAAAGUACUUUAUGCUGACCGUGUGCGAUAACGCGGAACUUUUAGCACUGGCUGAACGAGCCUAUCUAUCCUUCCUGCGAGCGUAUGCCAGUUUUUCCGGCCCAAUGCGCGAUCAUUUCGUCUUCAAGCGCCUUCAUCUUGGUCAUGUCGCUCGCGCCUUCUGCCUACGUGACGCGCCAUCUGAUAUCGCAUCUCGCGUCACAGGCAAACGGCAUCGUACCAAAUCAAACCCCCACGCAGAAGCUGCAAAUUCUGCUACUACUGCUGCUGGUUCCUCGAUUACCAAAAAGUCACGACGUCUCGAAUUCCCUGAGGAGGAUGGAGAAGUGACUUCUCAACCACCGCAGGCGAAGAAGAAAAAGAAUAUGCCCGGUGAACUGGCCAAGCGUAACAUGCUUGCCGAGUAUGGACUUUGA